AAACAGAUUCGGUAUGCAAUGCGGCACAGGAGACGUGUAUAGUAAUUUGUAAAUGUUGUAAAUAAUCUGCCAAGUACAAUUUAUGGGACCAUAACGUUUGUUUAUUUAUUUUUAAUUUUAUUUAGUUCUGUUUGGAAACAUAAAAAUGUCUGCAGACACAGACAUUAACGUGUUCACAUUAAAUUGUUGGGGUAUCCCAGCAGUAUCCAGAAACCGGAAGAUAAGAAUGAAUGCAAUAGCUGAAGAGUUGGCUUUGGGAAAGUAUGACAUAGUAUGCCUGCAAGAAGUAUGGUCUGAGAAUGAUUACAUUGAUAUCAAGAAAUUGACACUUAGGGUGUUACCUUAUUCUCAUUAUUUUUACAGUGGUGUAUUUGGCUCUGGAGUAUGUAUCUUUUCAAGAUACACAAUUGAAAAUGUAUUUUUCCACCAAUGGCCACUGAAUGGUUAUGUUCAUAAGCUUCAUCACGGUGACUGGUUUGGUGGCAAGGGGAUAGGUCUGUGUAGAGUAAAAUGUAAAGGCAUCAAUAUAAAUAUCUACUCAGCCCAUUUGCAUGCUGAGUACAAUCGAAGGAACGAUGAAUAUAUGGCUCAUAGAGUUCUGCAGGCAUUUGACAUGUCACAGUUCAUCAGUAUAACAUCAACUAAUGCUGAUAUAGUAAUCUUGGGUGGAGAUCUGAACACUGAACCAGGAGAUUUAGCAUACAGAAUAAUCUGUCACAAUGCUCAAGUACAGGACAGCUUCCUUCAAGCACAGCAAGUAGCUGUUGAUUAUGUAGGAACUAAUGAGUCAUCACGGAACAGCUACAGUGACAAGAAACUCUGUAUGAAGAAACCGGCAGGAAAUCGAAUAGAUUAUAUCAUGUACAAGUGUAGACGAGGAAUUGAGGUGCAGUGUCUAAAAUAUCAGUUUCCCUUGCCUGAACGAGUUCCUAAACAAAAUUUCAGUUUCUCAGACCAUGAAGCAUUGCAGGUAUCUUUCAGGGUCAUCAGAACAUCUAAUGCAUCUGAAGAUGCACUAGAAAAUAAAGAAGAAUACAUGAAAGCACUGAAGGAGAGUCGUGCUGUAUGUGAUGCAGCACUAGGAAGGCUACACCAAGAUAAACGGUCCUAUUGGAUCUACUCGGCUGCAUUCUUCCUCACACUGCUGUGCACAAUUGGUUUGGAGGCUCCUCUAAGCUGCUUCAAGACAUACAACAUUAUACGUGUUGUUGUUACCAUUCUGCUCUGUUUUACAAUAUUCAUGGCUACUAUAUGGAAUCGUAUGGAAGUGAAUGCAAUUCUUACAGGGAAAUUAGGAAUUGAAGUUGUUCAUUCAAACUUGGAAGAUUGUAAUUCAGAUGAAAGGUAAAAUAGUUGCUCAUGAUAUGUGUAAUUUGGCCAUGUGUUAUAUUCUGGCAACAGUGUAAAUGACUUACUCUUAUACCAUUCUAAAGGUUAUAAUUCAUAUCUUAAGAAUGUGAAUUGUUAUUUAAGUAAUUUCGGUACUUCUCGUGUAUUUUGGCCCCACACAAAAACUGCCUUCAUGCUAGUAGUACAAAACAGAAAGUGGUUUAAGGAAAAAGGUCUUGGAAUUUUUCAAUACUCUGAAUCCUUGGGAGUCAACUGCAUGUUGUUAAAUGACCAAAAUCAGGAUUCACAUACAAGAAAGUGACAGUGUAAGUUUUGUUGUGCAUUAUCCUUGGACAGUAAUGUUCAGUUAGCUUUCCACAUCUUUUGCAUUUCUCUUUUACACAGUAUAUCGUCACAUUUCAGAGACGUGCUUCAACAUGAUGCUUGUGAGGAUAUGAUACUGUUAUAAUCCACACAGAGCAAUUAAUUACAGAUAAACAUCUUCCUUUCUAGUCUGAGACAUAUUGAGACCCAUUAUAGAUAUUGCAAAUCACAAUCCUUCCAUAAUUUCAAAUGUCUUCCUAAACUUUUUCCCCUUAUUUGAUAUUUUAAAAAAUUUAUUUUAAAUUUUGCCAUGUUCUUUCCAGUUUCUUUUGUAUUCUAUAAAUUCUGUUAUUAUUUCAUUUCUUUUAUGGUCAGAAAAGGCAUACCUGGCAGUCCUCAUGAAACGUAUUUCUGCUGAUAUGACUCAUCAGUUUGUCUUAUUGCCCAGAGGCUUAAAGGUAAUAACCCUACCGUUGGACUACUAGUCUUUGGUUUCAGUUAGUGGGAUUUUCAAUUUCUUCCAGUAAAUAUAUUAUUAUGAAUAUGAAGGCCAAAAUAUGUUUGUGUGUCAGCAUACAUUGGUUGUUGAAUUACUUAAAGCCUGAAAACUUUUGCAUAUUUUUAUACUUCUGUCACAUUUAUAAAUAUCAUUCCACAUGAAAUAGAUCCUUAAAAUGAUGUAAAAUCAACAUUUGCACCUUGAACCAUUAGACUAUAUUCUGGAGUUCACAUUAGUGAAACAAAUUAAAUGCAUAGUGAGAAGGAAAGCAUUGCUAUAUAUUUGUGUUGCUUACAGUAUUUAUUUAUAUUUUCCUGUGAUAUAACAAUUAACUCGAUUAUUGUGAGAGACUUUGGUCUAGGGCUUAUUGAGUCAGUUUGAAUCAUGCACUGGAUAUUUGCAUUUUUCUCUACAAUCUAAUAACUUACUGUAGUCAUUGUUCAAAUUCAUUGGUGUGUGGUGUUCCACACUCUCCCCCCUCCACUUCGAGACAAGCUAUUGUAGUAGUACCACAACAAAACAAUAUUUUACAUCAAAGAUGAUACUCGCAUAACUUGCAGCUGGAAGGGAAAGAAACAGAUCGAGCAGGAGACAUGGUUGGAUCAUCUUUCCACAAUGCCAUCUGUAAUAUCACUUGAUGUAGUUAUCUUUGAUUCACAUUGAUUGCUGUGGUACACCUCUCAGAGACCUGACAGCUAAAAUUUAUGUGUGGUUGAAGAAUAUGUUGUUGCUUGGCACAUUGGUUCUUUUCUGGCAUUGCUGUAAAGGUAAUAUAAAUCCUGGCAAGAAAUUAAUUGCACAUGUUAAUUGCAACCUGGAAUUUAAAAAACAAAAUAUUUGUUUAAAAAUCAUACUGUUAUAACAACAAAUUCAGGACUCUGUUACAAAUGUACACCAGGCAAAGAGUGUACCCCAAGCUGCUGAUUUAGCAUGUUUAGAUUAGAACCUAGAAAAACAUGUUGCAGAAUGACCUGAUGCUUCCACAGAAUUUUGUUACUGGGUCUUUCCUGUAUGGAGAAGAAAGAAAACUGGGCUGCAGAAUUUAGGCUUCUUUACCUUUAUUCAGAAUCAGUCUGAUAUAAGAAGUGAAAUAUAUAAUGUAAUGUGAUAUUUUGAUAACAUUAUAAUCAGGUUUUGUGAUUAUCUAUGUUUCUUACAAAAUAUAUCUUCAGUUUAAGUAGUUAUUGCAUUCUACAGACAUAGUACAUAGGAAACAGUUAUAAUUAUGUUAGAAAUAGUUAUUGUAUUUUAUCAGUAAUUUAAAGAACUUACCAGGGACAGGGAUUUUCAAGUUUCCUAGUAAGAUAGCUUACUUCAGUAUGUGUAAGGAUAGAGAAGUGCAUUAGAGGAGUCAAUUUUGAGAGACAGCAAUGAAGCUGAAGUUCAAUGUAAUCAGGAUGACAAUAAUUUUAAAACAGAAUAUGAAUGCUCCAGAAAAUGGGAAAUAUCCCACAAUGCACAAUUAGUAUUUUUUAAAUAGAGGCUACUUAUCACAGUGGUAUGUCUUAGUUGCUGUAUCAGUCUGAAGUGACAAAUGUAGGCUGCAGAAACAUUCAAGUUGACUCUCGUGUAAUACAGUAGAUAUAAUCAGAAAAUCUGAAUUAUUUGGGCCAGUGGUAAAAGUGUUCAAUCCAGGCAUGUUAAAGUGAAACAACUUAGUGACAAAAAUUUUGAUAUUAGAACAUAAACUGUAUAGGAAGAAUAAUGUAAGAGAGUCAUGUGAAUUGUGGUUAUAAAAUUGAAAAUUAUGAACAGUUUUAGUGUACCAUUGAUGUAUACUUCCAGAAUUUUAUUUACACAAAUAGAAGCAAUUUCAUAGCUAUACAAAGGAGUUAUACUUGUUGAAAAAUUUUGUGUAAAAUAUUAUUUAAAAAUUAGUUUCCCUAAUAUUUUGUUUUGAAGAAAUCAGUUACAAACUGUUUUAAAAAUCUUUUGAAGGCUAGUGUUUUUGUACUGUAACAACUAUGACUAUAAAAUCUUUUAUAUUGCUCAUACUUAAAAAAAGUUUCCAAAUCCAGUAAAUAUGUUUAUAAUAGAACCAAAAAUUGCUCAUAUAUAUAUAUAUAUACAGUAUAUAUGUUGUUGGCUGAUAUAUGGCACACAUUUUAUUAAUAGCUCAACUUUCUUGUGAAUUUCAUACAUAUUCUACGUUAGUACUACCGAAAACUGUUAUGUAUGUUGUAUGACAUUCAGUCUGAAAUACAGCUGACCCUCAAGUCAUCUGGCUUUGAUUUAUCAAAGUGUGGAUUAACAGUGGCUCCAAGCAAGCUGUCUGAAGCAGUAGUGACUUGUAUUCAGGGGGUGCUCAGUUUGAAUCUUGGCCAUGACACCAACUACCCUGACUUUUUUUUAUCCGUUUUCCUCAAUCCCUCAAUGAAAAUGUCUGAAUAGUACCUUAAAUCAGAUAAAAUGUUUUGUCUGUUAUCCAUGAUUUGUUCUCCAGCCAUUAUGCUUGAUGAUCAAGGGUCAACUUUGUCUAUGUGCAAUUUACAGAUGUAUAUACAACAGACUAGUUUUGCUUUUGUGUAUAAUGUGCCAAAAUUGCUCUCGUCCUACUGCUCAUUGUCUUAAAAUUUGGAAUUUGAGGUCUACAGGAAUGUAACAGAACUGUCAACAAAUAUAGGGUCAUUGAACUUUUACUUAAUAUCAUUCCCAGCAUUGUGCACUACUGUUUGAAUAAUAUUUCCUGCUCAACUGUAAGAAAUUAAAAUUGAAAUAAAAAUUUUGAACAAAUGUACUUUGCAUAUUUAUACAUAAUUUACCCUCAUGUCAAGUGUGGCAUUUGUUAUCUAGGGAUUGUCAGUGGAGACAGCCUUCAGAUGUGGAUGGUCUCUGUAAAUACAGUAUUUUGAAUAAGCAGUCAACUGACAGUUGGAUGGAGCUAACAAAAAUAAGCAUAUUAGUUCUGUUCUUGCACCUUUGCAGAGUGUGAAUUUGGGCAGUGUUGCCAAUAUGUUGGUUGUUCAUGCUGCCUCUAAAGAGUGGGAGUAGGAUCAUUGUCUUAUGUUUAUAUAGCCUUCAAAGAGGAAGGCAUCAUGUGCCUCUGAAACAUCAGCAACACUGCCCAAAUCCACACAGUGUGAACACUCAAGAAG